AUGGAAACCCAACAAUUAUCUCAAGAUUCAAACAAUCAUCACGGUUGCGCCUGUGCUUCCGUCACUUCUAGGGGAGUCCAAGAUCCGCUAGUCGCUCCAGCUUUUCAACUUCAAGAAUCUGAUGAGGAUUCCAAUAAGGUUAAAUCUCAAUCAACAACAACACCUGGUUCGUCAGCUGUUCCAGAUAACCAUCCUCGUGCCUUCCCUCAACCUGCUUCGCACUCGCAGCGUUCCAUGACGACCCCAAGCCAAACUACCACUUUUGGUCGGACAUUUUACGGACACCCAUCUACUAUGCCGUAUUCACCCUAUCAAAUGUCGCCGAUGUAUUUUCCAUCAGGAACACAAGCGCUGUUCUUACAGUAUCCACCAUCUUUUGGAUCGCCUUUGAACGCUCCAUCACCUGAGUCUGACACAACAUUGACUUAUAAUCCCGUCAGACCACCACCGAUUUUAACCUCAGCAAAAGAUUUCCUAAAUUGGGUUAGGUUUUACAUCAAAUUUUUACAAAAUUCCAAUCUCGGUGACAUUCUUCCGAGUGCAACUGAAAAAGCCGUACGUCAGAUGACAAAUGAAGAACACGCUUUCUUAUACAACACUUUCCGGGUGUUUGCUCCACUUCAAUUCUUACCUAUUUGGGUAAAACAAAUCUUAUACAAUGACUACACAGAUAUCAUGAAGAUACUUUCCAAAAGUAUGGAGAGAAUGCAGUUCGAUACUCAAGAAGUUACUGACCUCGUGGCACUUACCACUCUGAAAUACAACGGAAGUACACCUGUAGAUACAUUUGAAACUACAGUAACCAAUAUCAUCGAACGGCUAAACAAUAGCGGUAUUAAUAUCAAUGACAAAGUAGCUUGCCAACUGAUCUUGAAAGGUCUUUCCGGUGAAUAUAAAUAUGUACGUUCCACGAGUCAUUGCCGUAAAAACAGGACAGUCUCUGACUUAUUUUCAGACAUUCACGCCGUUUAUGACAAUCAACAAUACUCGAAGCAAAGUGAGCUUACUUACACGAAGAAUCGUAGUCAUUGCAAGAAUGCUUCUCGUUCUACCUCAACUACGCCCAACACCAACGUCGUAACUCGUAGUUCUCGAACAACUAAUACCUCUAAAUCUAGGAAAACCAAGGCACGCAAUUCUGCUAGAUCCAGAAGUGAUCCCAGCGCGAAUGACGUCUCCGCUGAUGUACCAUCCGUUCAAAUAAUUCACCUGAACAAUACGAUCGGCAUUAAAUUAAGGCCCGCUGAACCUGAAAUGAACCACAAUGAUCCUUCGAAUGAUGAAUUACCGGAUCACUUCCUAAUUGAUUCGGUGGCAUCACAAACAGUUACCAGAAAUGACAGUACUAUCAAAGAGCACACACAAACAUCCUUAUCCUUUGAUUCAUCGAAUGUUUGGCCACGCAAAUGCUCGAAUCACUCCCGAAUUUUUUAA